CGGAACUCAAAACCCUAGACUGUUGGUAGGGCCACGCUCUCUUUUCGUUACUCUCUCUGAGUGUUCUCUCUAGAUAAUAGCAAUACACUAAAGUUGGUGAUUGCCUGGUAUAUUGAAUAUACUUCCAUUCAUAUGUGAGCAAUGCUUGUGAACAGACGCAAACGCGGUAUAAGAUAAAAAACCUUGAUAACAAGUAAAUGUACCCUUAUAAAUAAGGAGCUGCAGCAGCAAAUGCUAAUAAAAGUUUUUAAGUGCUGCGGUUACAAUAAUCAACUCUAAAAGUGUAAAGUGAUAAACAAAUUUAAAAACACAACUCGGUGUACUCAAAAUUUUAAUAAACUCAACUGCAAAUAUGAAGGAUUUGUUUGCGCGCCGUUAUAGUGCAGUUUGUGUAAGCGAUGAAGAGGCCAACAGUCAGCGGCCAUCGAUGGCGAUGCAUGGAUUUGGAAUGGAAUUGCAACCCGACGCAGAUCCUGCUGCGUCAUGGGCCACUCAGACCUCCAUUCGCAAGAGUCUCAAGGCAAAUCGUUCGAUGAAUCCGAUGGACAUGUUGGGUAGCUUUUUCAACGAACCAAACCAAAGCAACCGCAAUAGAAUUCCUACCCGCGCGUUUCUUCUACUAGCCAUCGGAUUUUUGGCCAUAACAGCAGCUACGCUGGUUAAAGUUUUCGAGCCCUACGAUUUGAUAUUCAAAUGGAAGUUAAUAAUGACGGAGGGGGGCGAAAUCUUUAAUCUGUGGGCGCAGCCUCCAGUUGAUUUAUACAUUAAGAUAUAUCUGUUUAACAUAACCAAUGCUAAGGCCUUUCUGGCGGGUCGGGAGCUGCUCAACGUGGAACAAGUUGGUCCCUAUGUAUACAAGGAGGUAAUGACCCACAAGAACAUCACGUUUAAUGAAAAUAACACCAUGUCCAGCACACCCAGUCAUCCCUUGGUCUGGCAGGAUCAAAUGUCAGAGGGUCGUCGUGAGGAUGAUGAGGUUAUAAUGCUAAAUAUUGCCAUGUUGGCCAUAUCACACCUUACUGCUAACCAUCCGUUCUUGAUUAGAAUGGCUCUAAAGACACUGCUUGUAAGCACAAAGUCGGAGCCAAUAGUUCGAACCACUGCCAAGGAGUUUAUGUUUGGAUACCCUUCGACGUUGGCCACACUGGGCAACACCUUCCUCCCGAACUGGAUAUCCUUUGAGAAAGUAGGGCUUAUUGAUCGCAUGUACGACUUCUCUACGGAUUUCGAGACGUUCUACACAGGCGUUCCCAAUCCGGCGCUAUCGGGACUGUAUGCGACUUACCGUGGAGAGACAAAACUUCCCCAGUGGAAGCAAGACCACUGCAAUAACAUAGAGUACGCAUCCGAUGGCACAAAGUUCAAAAGCUUCAUUCAACCGAACGAGACAGUAAAGUUUUUUAGAAAAAGCAUGUGCAGGCCGAUUAACUUGUACCGCGUGGGCGAAGAGAAAACCUAUGGUAGCCUAAAGGGAUACAGCUAUAUGUUCGAGGAAAACGCGUUUGAUAAUGGGGUAACCAAUAAGGCCAACAAAUGUUUCUGCAGAAAAGGUGACUGCCAGCCGGUUGGUCUGAUUGACGUCACUGACUGCUACUACGGGUUCCCAAUCUCCUUGAGCUUUCCACAUUUUAUGAACGGUGACUUGGGGCUGCAAAAAAACGUUUCCGGCAUAAAUCCUGAUCCGGCUAAGCACUCUUCAGCCUUUGUCAUUCAACCGGAAUCCGGACUGCCGCUUUCGCUAUCUGUUAAAGUGCAAAUUAAUAUGCACUUCAAGGACCUUAAUAAUUUUCCGACAGUCUCCAAGUUUAGUCAUCUUACGGUGCCCAUGCUGUGGUUCGAGAUCAUGAUGUCAGAACUUCCCGAUUCUCUGGACUCGCGGUUUAACUUCUACCUAAACAUUUUGCCGUUCGUCAAUCCCCUAGGCUUUUGGAGUGGUCUUCUGCUGGGAAUAAGUCUCCUAGGCUAUGCUAUUACUAGAGCUACGAUCCACAUGUCGAACCACGCUCGCCAUGUGACCAAUAUUUCCGAGGUUGGUAGGGCCUUUAGUCAAGCGUACCAACCCUGCGGGAUAAAGGUCAUAGAAGACCGUCAGUUUGCCAAGCCACACGUUAUUGAUCGAUUGGUCGACGAAGACUCAGCUUUCCGGCAGCUUCACCGAAAAUCUACCUACGCCCUGGACAAGGAGCCAGCAUUGUUGUACGUCGAUGAGAGCAGUGACAAGGGGCACACCUGUGACAUAAUCACUCUUAAGCGAAUUUCCACAAUGACCAACUCCUGCGUAGAGUUAGAGCGAUGCCAUGACGAUGACGAGUGCUUCUACAGAACUUUGGGUAGGGAUAUGGGGAAGGAAUUCGCUGCUGCUGUUAACCAGCAGCUUGUCGCAGGCUCGGGUAGCAAAUAUUUGAUCAGCUCAUAUUUGCCAAUACAGAGUUUCAAAUCCAACGUGAACGAUGAGAACCAAUGGAACAAAAAUCAAUCGAUACCUUAUGCUAAUCCGGAUCCAUCCAACGGGAAAACAAUACAGAACCCGAAGGGAACCUCGUAGAUUAGGCUUUUCAUAUUUUAAGUUUCACCUUAGCAUCAUAGUUUGGGUGUAUUGGGCACAAAAUUGCAGAUUUUCUUAUAUAUAGCAUUAUAUAGCAUAUUUUUUGUUUUAAAACUGUGAAAGCUUUAAAGCACAAAAAAUUUCUGUUAAUAGCACGCAUUAUAGUUAUUUUAAACAAAUAAAAAGUGAUCUAUGGGA